CUUCGUGCUUGUGUCAACUUAAGUGGGAGACAAGUCACUGUCGACGGUCGCCCUCAACCCGUAGCUGCUUAUUAGCCUGUAAUCGAUCCAAGAGCCAUGGCCAGCAGCAUGUCUCAGGGCCCUUGUCCUGAUCAGUCGAUCGAGCCUUCUUCGGCAUCCAAUAGUCUUCUUAGACAGGUCCUCCUAAAGUCCAAGACAUGGCGCUCGUCGGUUGCCUUCGUAACCACAGUGGUCGGAGUCGGCAUUGCGCUCGAUACGUUGAAUGCCAAUAUAGUUGUCGCCGUCUUCCCAUUCAGAUUGGAAGAAUUGCACUAUCCCGACAUUUCAAUUUCAGGGCUCGUCGGUUGGCUCCUCUUUCUCUACGUGGGCCGACUGUUUCUUAACUCGACAUAAGUGAGUUUGACUAACAUCUCACGUUCUCAAGUCCAUAGGUCUCGUCGUCUGUGAGUCAUAUAUCGACGUCGGAGUCUUAGACCGAUUCAAGCGUGACCUUCCAUAGCGACGCCAGUCAUAGCUGUGGCAUCUGAACGUCUUGGCUCCCGACGAGGCGUUAUGGUAGCAGGACAGUUCAGUCU